AUGCCGGAGCUGACGGUGGAUGGAGAGGAGCCCAUUCUAAACGGGGCUGGGAGGGAGGAGCAGCGUCCAGUGAAGCAGUCCCUGGCAGCCUCUCUUUGUCGGGAGUCUCAUUGGAAGUGCUUGCUCCUCACCCUGCUCAUGUAUGGCUGUUUUGGCACUUUGGCCUGGUGCGGCCUCUGCAAGGUGCCCGUCCUGGGUUCGGGCAUCCCUGCUGGCGAGCCCGCCUCCGACAACUCGUCCCCGUCUGCGGCUGCUGCCGUCGAUCGCCAUGACGACCUUGCCCUUGACAGCCCCUGCUCCAGUGGCUACGUCUACAUCCCGUUAGCCUUUCUGGCCAUGUUGUACGUGGUCUACCUGGUGGAGUGCUGGCACUGUUAUUCCAAAACAGCUAUGCUAGUUCAGGCAGAGGUGGCGGAGGUGUACGAACGGGUUCAGCGAUUGCAGCAGGCUACGCCUUGCAUCUGGUGGAAGGCCAUCAGUUAUCACUAUGUAAGGCGGACCAGACAGGUGACGCGGUACCGCAACGGGGACGCUUACACCACCACACAGGUGUACCAUGAACGGGUCAAUACGCACGCAGCAAGUUCUGAGUUCGACUACACCCGUUAUGGGGUAAAGGACGUUUCCAAGGAUCUUCGGGGCUUGCUGGAGUACCCGGCUGUGCGGCUUCGCUUUACGAAAUGCUUCAGCUUCUCCAGUGCACGGGCAGAAGCUGCUUACUUAACGCAGCGUGCCCGCUUUUUCGGCGAGAACGAAGGUCUGGACGACUAUAUGGAGGCGCGGGAGGGCAUGCAUCUGAAAAACGUGGACUUUCGUGAGCACAUGCUGGCUUUCCCGGACCCCUCGCGGCAACCCUGGUACGCCCGCCGCAAGGUGUUCUGGCUAGCGUCGACGCUUCUGUUCUCUUGGCCGCUACGCGUGGUGGCAGAGUACCGCACAGCGUAUGUUCACUACCACGUGGAGAAGCUGUUUGGUGACGGAGAUGAAACGGGGAGAGGGGAUGGGAGUGAGGGCGGCAACGAGAAUGGGACCGCUGGGGGGAACGGCGGAGGAGGAUGCGUGGGCACGGGCUCCAGCUAUCGUGCCAUCUCUCGGGUCAACACGGUGGACAUGACAGAGCUGGAAUGGCACAUCCGAUGCAAUCAGCAGAUCGUUCCUAGUUACUCUGAAGCUUUACUUAUGGACCCAGAUGUCAGCACCAACCCUGGUACCAACCCGCUCCCACCAGCCGGGCAAGGGGCUAAUGGGACAGGUGGACCGACUCUCCCUGUGGCCUUUGCUUCAGCCUACCUUCUGCAGAGCUGUCCCCGCUGCCGGCGCACCACCAGUAGCUCAUCACUACCGUCCAGGCUCAGGGGCCCCACAGCUACCCUGUUCAGUGGCACUGUGGCUGGGAUGAGGGCAACCGGAGCUGGGGGAGGUGCGGCGGGGCCAGGGAGGCUGGUGCUAAGUCGAAGUGGUUUCUCUCUCGGCCGACUCCAGGCUCCACGUCCCUCUUCUCUCUUCCACUCCCGCAGUGUGGGUGGAGGUCUCGGGGGGAGAGGAGAAGACGGUGGUGGUGGUGGCGGUGGAGGAGGUUUUCUGGGUCGCGUUCCCAGACAGGAUGAGGAGAGCAGGGGAGUACUGGAGGGAGAAGGGGACGAGGACGAAGAAGAGGAGGAAGAGGAGGAGGAGGGGAGGGGGGAGGAGGAGGAGGAGGGAGAGAGGGAUGAGGAAGAGCAGGAGGAAGGAGAAGAGGGGAGGGAUGGAGAGAGAGACAGGCCGCCAGCCUAUCAAGACGCAUUUUUCUUCCCCGUGUUGAUUGUCCAUGGAGAGGAGAGCUGUCAUUCAGGGGAGGAUAUCUCAUAA